AUGACACAAGAUGACGAGGUAAUGGACUUCAGUGAUUUACCAGAGUUUAGAAGAGGAAGCGUCGAAGAUGGCGACGACGAGCACGAUAAAGACUUCGAUGCGGAGGAAGAGCUCACCGGGCUAGAGCGUGUGAAGGAGGAUGAGGAUGAAGACGAGAACAAGGGUGAUGAUGAGGAGGAUGACGUGGGGAAUGAGAACAACCUCGAAGGCAACGACAACGACUUCGUCCCACACGCCACCUCCGCCUCCACCUCCGAAAAGAAGAAAAUUCCGAGCGGAGUCAUGGAAUCUAAUAUCCGUAUGGAAGGGAAGUCUAUCUCUAAGUCUAUGUCUGUCCGUGCACAGGUAGAUGCAGCAUCGGAACGACCAGAUCUACCACUGCUGAACUAUGCAGCUCGGAGGCCCGGCGUUGAGGGUAAGGAGCGGCUGAAACCGACAAAGUAUGACUGCGGCUGGGGGUGCGGGCAGGUGGUGGAAUUGAAAAACGGUGAGCCGAUUCGGUGUAAGAAUUGUGGAUGUCAUUUCUUGUUGAAGAGGAGAACGGAAAGGCUGGUGCAGUUCGAGGCGCGCUGA